GAAGAAAUUAGAUAUGAUAAAGUAAACAAUGUAUAUACUGUGCCAAGUGUAACAACUACUAGAAAAUUUUAUACUAUUGAUCUAUCUAUUGGAACUUGUACAUGUAUUGCUGCGCUUGGAGGGUCACUUUGCAAACAUCAAGCCACCAUGGCAAUUAAGUAUCACAAAGG